ACUCAGGGCCUGCUCUACCAAAAAGCUCUGACUGCACACCUUACACUCUAUUAAUUUUUAAAUGACCAAACCAUACUUACCAGAUCUUUAUACAUAAACAAACCAGAACUUAAUAUACAUAUAAACAAUACAAGCCUUACACAAAGUAAAAUACUCAUUUCUCCCCGGAGACCUGAAACUCGUGUUUGGAGGUUGGGAGCAGCCGUGAUAGCGGAUGGGGCAAGAGCGCAGGUGAUGCUUUCAGGCGCAUGGAGAGACAGGGGCAGAAAGAUGAGGUGGACCCAGAGCAGACUUGGGGUGUAAGGCUCCAGGGUAUAAGAGGGAAAGGCCCAAGAGGGAGACAGCAGAGGAAGGGCUGGCACUGCAGCAUGGGACUACCUGGCAUGUGAGAGAGUGGGGCUAACAAGCCCAUUGGAGAGUGUGUGGCCAGCAAGUCUUGCUGUGAGGCACAUGGCUAAAGAGGAGGACACUGGACUCGGUACCCCUCUUAAAGUUGUAAGAAGUCCAAAGGAAGAUGGAAAAAUGGGAGAAGCUAUGAAGAAACCAGAGAACUGCCCUUCCUUAUGCUGCAAAGACAUGGAGUGAGUGAUUCACCUAGAAUCCACGCCUGAAUUUUUUCUAGACUGAGCAAGGGCUAUCCAGGGAAAUGACAUCAUGAGAAAUCAGACUGGCUUCUCUGGAUUCAUCCUCUUGGGUCUCUCUGUCCGUCCAGAGUAUCGAGGAAUCCUCUUCCCCAUUUUCUUGUCCAUGUAUCUGCUGACUCUACUUGGCAAUGUCCUUAUUAUCCUACUGAUCUGCACUGAUGCUUGCCUCCUUCAUGCUCCCAUGUACUUCUUCCUAAGCCAUCUCUCACUAGUGGAUGCAUCUAUGGCCUCAGCCAUUGCCCCCAAGAUUCUGGAGACGCUUGGAGAAUCUGGGAGUGCAUGCAUCUCCUACUGGAGAUGUCUAACGCAGAUGUAUUUCUUCAUUGCCUUUGGCAACAUAGAUAGUUUUCUUCUGGUCUCCAGGGCAUAUGACCACUAUGUGGCCAUCUGCCACCCACUGCACUAUGCCACCAUAAUGAGUCACAAGCGCUGUCUCGUGUUGGUUGCAGGUUCCUGGGGACUCCCCAAUGUUUAUUGCUUCAUCCACACACUUUUGACUGACCAGCUCUCUUUCUGUAGCUCCCGGGAGAUCUCCAAUUUCUUCUGUGAUACCUACCCACUGCUGCAUCUCUCUUGCUCUGACACACACCUUGUCCAAAUGUUGAUCUACACUUUUGGCAUGAUGUUGGUGAUUACUCCAUUUUUCUGCAUCCUUCUGUCCUACAUCCAUAUCACAGCUACAGUACUCAAAGUACCAUCAGCUGCUGGGAAAAGGAAGGCUUUUUUGACUUGUGGCACUGUGGUGACCCUCUUCUAUGGGAGCAUCAUUGGAGUCUACUUCCAGCACUCUUCCUCCACAUCAGUUGGGAAGGGGCGGGUUGUUACCAUUGUGUAUACUGUGGUCACUCCCAUGCUGAACCCCUUCAUUUACAGCCUGAGAAAUAGUGAGAUAAAAGCAGCCACGAAAAGGUUGCUCACCACUGUCACUUCAGUCUGAAAAUAAGACGCUAAAUGGAAAAAGAUAAGAAUUGUGAAUAUGAGAUAUCUUUCACUAAUUUAUUUACACAAAGAUCAGCACAGGCAGUGAUCAAGAAUAGAAAAACAGAUUCUGUCUAAUUUCUAUCAUGGUGUUUUCUCUCUUACAUUGCUGCCUACAGUGGCAUAGCCAUCAUUGGACCAUAGGGAACAAAAGUCCCUGGGCUGCCAGGGCACCCCCUCGACCUCUUCCUGCACCCAGCUGGUGAAUGAAGGAUUCUCUGGCUGAGAGAACAAGGCACAGCGCCAAUCCCACUCCUUCCUAGUUGGUACUUCAUUUACCAGCUGGCUGUUUGUUUUCUCUCCCUUGCCCCAAGUGAGGGAGGGAAAGGAAGCACUCAGGUGCACCCAGAGAGCACCCAGGUAGCACUUCUUUCUCAAGUGUUGAAGGUGCGGGAGAAGGGCCAUACAGCUCCCCCUUCCUGGUGCUGGCCACACCCCAUGUAACAGUAUCAGCAUGCCAUCACAUGCUUGCAUGCUUUUUCUCCCUUGGUACAAGAAAACAAGCAGCUGGCGAACCAAGUGCUAGACGUUUUUCACACAUGGCUUUUAGUUUGCAUCUCCUCUGGAAUGGAGGUUGUGCAUUCACAUAUUGGCCAAAUUUACUCCCAAGUCCAUCUGAACUAUUGGGGAGCACAUCACACACAAAUCUGUGUUUUUCAUUGCAUAUUAGACUGUAGGCCGCUUUAUUUCUGGGGUAAAAAAAAUCCACUUUUGUGUCAGUUUGGGGGGGGCGACUUUGAACUUGCAGUAAAACCUUGCAGUAAACCCACAGUAAAGCCUGCUGUCUGAGAAAGC